CUUUCUAGCAUGCAAAAUUUUAUCUUGUCUUCCCUUGCAAUAAUAGUGCGGUUCAAGGGUCAUGGGGCGGCGUUUGAAUUGGUUUGGCAGACAGCUUCCGGAAUGGGUUUUGGGUUGCUUUAUCGCUCGUGUUUCUUCUUUCAGGACAAUUGGGGGCCUUGGUACUUGAGCCCUUUACGAAUCAACCAUGAUGUCGCGUGUGACGCUGCUGCUUAUUGGCAUCGUCUUUCAUGUCGUCUAUUUAUUCAGUAUUUUCGACAUUUAUUUCACGUCGCCUUUGGUGCAUGGCAUGACCCCUCAUAAAAGUCCUCUUGCGCCACCGGCCGAUCGACUGUUCCUUAUUGUCGGCGACGGAUUACGAGCCGAUAAACUGUUUGAGCUGGAAGAUGGGACCACUCGUGCACCGUUUUUGAGAAAGAUUAUAGAAGAGCAAGGUGCUUGGGGUGUAUCUCACACUCGUGUGCCCACAGAAUCACGGCCAGGUCACGUCGCCAUAAUUGCAGGCUUUUACGAAGAUGUCAGUGCGGUGACCACCGGAUGGACGAUGAAUCCCGUUAACUACGAUUCGCUCUUUAACGAAUCUCAACACACCUGGUCGUUUGGUUCACCGGAUAUUCUGCCCAUGUUUCAACAUGGUGCAAGUGAUCCCAAUCGUAUCGAGACAUUCAUGUACCCACCCGAAUUUGAAGAUUUCUCAGAAGAGGCAUCGCAUUUGGAUACGUGGGUGUUUGAUCAUGUCAAGGCACUUUUCCGUAACGCAACCAGCAGCCCAGAGUUGAAUCGUCAACUACGGCAAAAGAAGAUCGUCUUCUUUUUACAUUUGCUCGGUCUGGACACCAACGGCCACGGUUUCCGUCCUCACUCAAAGGAAUACCACAACAAUAUUCGAUUGGUGGAUGCUGGAAUUGCAGACCUGGUAGAGAUGGUGGAGGAGUUUUAUGGUCACGAUGGACGAACAAGUUAUGUAUUCACGGCGGAUCACGGUAUGAAUAAUCGUGGAGCCCAUGGUGAUGGUCAUCCCGAUAAUACGCGAACACCUAUUGUUGCAUGGGGUGCGGGAAUUCGGCAACCAUUGUACACGGGCCUGAAUCAUGAUGAAUUUUCGGCUCCCUGGGGAUUGGACCGCGUACAGCGGGAUGAUAUUAAGCAAGCCGACAUUGCUCCCUUAAUGGCCAGUUUAAUUGGUGUUCCGUUUCCCGUCAAUUCGGUCGGUGAACUUCCACUGACGUUUCUCAAAGCCGAUGAAUAUUACAAGGCCCAGGCAGCGUUUACCAAUGCUCGACAAAUCUUGGCUCAAUACCAAGUGAAGAACGAUGAAAAGGCGGCUUCCGAGUUGUUCUUUCGACCGUUUCCACCAUUAUCAGGAGAUCACAGUCCCGAAGCUUUCAUGGCCAACAUUCAGUCCUUGAUCGAUGCCAAAGAUUAUGCCGAGGCAGAACGCAUGUCAAAAGAGUUGAUCGAUCUCAGCUUGCGAGGUUUGCGUUACUUUCAAACUUAUGAUUGGUUCUUCCUUCGUAGCAUCAUCACCUUGGGCUACGUCGGCUGGUGUAUAUUUUGCCUUGAAUACGUGCUUCGCCACUACGUAUUGGGCGAACAGACAACAGCGCCUGCCGAUGGGUUCGGAAAGCUGGAUGCAAUCGGUCUGGCGAUUUUCGGUCUGAUUGCCAGCAUGAUUGUUUAUCAAAAAAUGCCUCUCAUCUACCAUGCCUACGUGUUAUUCCCCGUAUUUUUCUGGAAUCAGGUUUUGCGCAACCGUGCGUCUCUGGUCAAUGCACUUGGAUCGGUCCGUCAUUUUGGUGCGCAAAAGUUGGGAUUGUUGAUAUUCGGUACCCUUUUUUGUAUGGAAGCUUUGGUGUACAGCUUCUUUCAACGCGAAGUUCUCUCGGUUUUGUUUCUGCUUCUGACAGCGUGGCCCGUGGUAGCAGCUGAGCACAUGCAAAAAGAAUCACGCUCUUUGAGAUUAGGCUGGGCCUUGUCGUGUCUAUGCACCAGUAUAUUUACGCUUUUGCCCGUUGAAAAGGGAGAGGAUAUUUUCAUGGUAUUAUGCGGCGGUUGUCUUGGCUUGAUGCUUUCCGGGUAUGCCACGUUGGUUCUUCGUCGGGCCGGACGUAUCACACCUAUGCAAACUACCAUUGCCUUGGCCCAAAUGACUACGAUCGCGGUGAGCAUGGUCCUCGUGUAUUCUACUUCGACAAGUCUUGCCAAUCGUCAAGGAUUGCCUCUCAUCAACCAGAUACUCAGUUUAGCGAUCGUCGCCAUCUCCAGUGUGUUUCCUUUCAUUUACCGUGGACCGGCCGAAACCGACUAUUUCACUCGGCUACUGAUCAUCUGUCAAACCUUCUUUCCGCUCAUGAUUAUUUUAAGCAUUUCGUAUGAAGCAUUAUUCUACGUGUGCUUUUGCACGACAGUGUUGCUGUGGCUCCAAAUGGAACGAGCACUGUACCGUCCUCUGCAAGACAUCAAGACACGGCCUUUGCAGGCCAGCGACGGUCGUAUCGUGGUCAUGUUUUUAUUCUUCAUCAAUGUGGCGUUCUUUGGUACCGGCAAUAUUGCAUCGCUCAGCAGUUUCUCAUUAGCCAGCGUCUACCGUCUGAUCACCGUGUUCAAUCCUUUCAUUAUGGGAGCGCUUCUGAUCAUCAAAGUGCUGGUCCCCUUCUUUGUAGUCUCGGCGGUGCUUGGGAUUAUGGGGGCUAGUUUGGAUCUGCCUUCGUUUGCGUUGUUCUUGGUGGUGCUCAGUAUCACGGACGUACAAACGAUCAAUUUCUUUUACUUUGUCUCUGAUUUUGGCAGUUGGCUUGAAAUCGGAACGGGGAUCAGUCAUUUUUGUAUUGCGGAAUUAUUCAUCAUUUUCACCAUCCUCCUCUUUCUACUCUCCCGCCUGCUGGUUGGUCAUCUCCACUUAGCUAAGCGAAAAUUUGACUAGACACCUGCUACAUCCAUUAUCCCCCUUGGCGACGCUAACUCUGUUGAAUGACCCGAAGCGUAGCGAAGGGGCUUAUUCAGUCGAAGCGAAGCGAGACAAGAGGUAGCUAGUUGACUUAAGAGCAUUUUUGGGAGCUUACCCUAUAUCUAAAAGUCGUAAAAUUCUUAUUUGAUUAGUCGCUUACCUUGCUGCCUCUUUUCGAUCUUUAGAAGUAUCCAUUUAUUUUUCUUCUAUUCUAGGAUAAAUGGCCCCUC